AUGCUCUUUGAGAUCUUAUUCCCCAUUAUGUAUCAUUCCUUUGCACUCGGUUUGCUUUUACUUCUGGAAUUUGCAUUUUUAUGGAUCCUGAUGGCAAUAAAUUUUGUAACCAGCUUGCUGAAAGACGCAGGACCUGUUCCGCCCUGGAUGCAGCUUGAACCCAUUGAAGCCUUUGUCGAGCAGGAGGUGCAGCACAUAUUAGACCAGAGCAUCGAGGAUGAACGUACUCAGGACGGUUCUCAAAAAAAGAAGCUACCAAACGCUAAUUCCCUGUCUUCCCACAAAGAGGGAAACGACGUCGGGGAGGCAAAGGAUCACGCGGUUAGGGCUAAUCUAAUGAUGUCUGCCGCACAGACGCAGCGCAUGCAGCAGAAUGGUCACCACGAUGACAAUUUUAUUCGUGUGGAGGGUUUUAACAUGAAUGAAGACUAUGGGUGUGAUGGGAGUGGCGAUGGUUUCGAUUUUGUUGACGGGGAUAAUCAACUGCUAGAGGAUCAGAGAGAUGUCAGUACUGUGCCGAAUCACGAGCAUCUGAGGAACCGUCGCUGUCGAAAACGUAAACACGGUUUGCGCGUGUUCACUCUUUUGCAGGUUGCCCGCAACGCCUUGGAUGCGCUCCAUGGCGACUCGGAAUCGAAAGCGCUAGAGGUGAGCUUCUUGCUGAAUUAUUCUUUCCCGUGUAAGAUUUGUUCUGUAUACAAGAUCAUGGGCACGGAGCACUGCGCCAUCUGUAUGCGUUGUUUUAGCCACAAAGAUCUUCACUUUAAAUGUAUUGGUCAGUGUGUGGGCGCGGGUAAUCACAAAUAUUUUGUGCUUUUUCUAUUAUAUUCAGGUCUGGGAAUGCUCGAGUCAUGCGUUGCCACAUUAUACUGCAUGAACAAAGACUAUACUAGGUAUGCGAUUCGCCAUAAACUUAAGUCCUUUUUUAUGCUCUGGACUCUUAUGACUGGCAUUAAUUCCAUCGGCAUCUUCAUUUUCCUUUGGUUACACCUGCACUCGGUUGGAUGUGGGGAUAGCACAUUGGGGCGAAUUCGCCGCGCGAACCGUGAAAGUGUGGAGCGAUUUGCGCGCCGAAUCACCCCGAAUGGGCACUACCGGCCUCUCUUCGCGGACGAGCCAGAGACCCCUCCAGGGACUUUUAACUGGGAUCGCCUCCGAACCACGGUGUUUGGGAUGGGCCCGUGGUGGAGUUGGUUUCUACCGAUUCGACCAUUUCAGCAGGUACCCGAAGAGGAGCGUGAGAGUCUUUUUUGGGUGGCGCUUGGCGAGACCGUGGAGAGGCAACUGCGUUCUGUUGUGGACGCCGCUCAUCAAUGCGACGCCGAAAAUGAGGAGGGGGGGAUCUCGGUUAUUCGCACUUUGCCAAGGCCUGACGUUCCGGCCGACGUGGUUUUCACUCAUGCAGCAGCCGCUAGACAUUCAGAGGAGGCUAUAGUGAACGAGCCAUCGGUUAAUGUUGACCACGCAAGCGUUACUGAGGGUAUUAGCGGUGGUAGUAAUCUUUGUGUUCCUUCUCCCUCCCAGGACUUUUUCAAAUCUCGCACCGCUCCCGGAUGA